GACACCAGCAUCGGCAGCGUCCGUGAAGAUGUCCACUCCAGACCCACCCCUGGGUGGAACUCCUCGGCCGGGCCCUUCUCCGGGCCCCGGCCCCUCGCCUGGAGCCAUGCUGGGCCCGAGCCCUGGUCCCUCCCCGGGCUCUGCCCACAGCAUGAUGGGGCCCAGCCCGGGGCCUCCCUCAGCAGGACACCCCAUCCAGACCCAGGGACCAGGAGGGUACCCUCAGGACAGCAUGCACCCGAUGCACAAGCCCAUGGAGUCCAUGCACGAGAAGGGCAUGUCGGACGACCCGCGCUAUAGCCAGAUGAAGGGAGUGGGCAUGCGGCCCGGCGGCCACGCGGGCAUGGGGCCCCCGCCCAGCCCCAUGGACCAGCACUCCCAAGGUUACCCGUCACCCUUGGGUGGUUCCGAGCAUGCCUCCAGCCCAGUUCCAGCCAGUGGCCCAUCCUCAGGCCCCCAGAUGUCAUCCGGUCCAGGAGGGGCCCCCCUGGAUGGUGCCGACCCCCAGGCCUUGGGGCAGCAGAACCGGGGGCCCACCCCGUUCAACCAGAACCAGCUGCACCAACUCCGUGCUCAGAUCAUGGCCUACAAGAUGCUGGUCAGGGGCCAGCCCCUUCCCGACCACCUGCAGAUGGCCGUGCAGGGGAAGCGGCCCAUGCCCGGGAUGCAGCAGCAGGUGCCAACGCUACCUCCGCCCUCCGUGGCUGCCCCAGGACCCGGCCCCGGCCCCGGCCCCGGCCCUGGCCCCGGCCCCGGCCCAGCACCUCCAAACUACAGCCCGCCUCACGGUAUGGGAGGGCCCAACAUGCCUCCCCCAGGACCCUCAGGUGUGCCCCCUGGGAUGCCCGGCCAGCCUCCCGGAGGGCCUCCCAAGCCCUGGCCUGAAGGACCCAUGGCAAACGCUGCUGCCCCCACAAGCACUCCUCAGAAGCUGAUCCCCCCGCAGCCCACGGGCCGCCCCUCUCCCGCGCCCCCCGCCGUUCCCCCUGCUGCCUCCCCGGUGGUGCCCACCCCGCCCUGCUGGGGCCGGGAGCGCCACCCUGCUCCACCCUCCCCAGAGUCCCGCUGGGGCCUCGCAGGCCCCCGAGGCCUGGCCCGAAGGACUCCUCCCUGCCGCUGUGGCCGGUGUCCUUUCCUGCGGCACUUCCUGCCUCGUGGCCAGCUGCAGGCUCGCAUCGCACACCGAAUUCAGGAACUAGAAAACCUUCCCGGGUCCCUGGCCGGGGAUUUGCGAACCAAAGCGACCAUCGAGCUCAAGGCCCUCAGGCUGCUGAACUUCCAGAGGCAGCUGCGCCAGGAGGUGGUGGUGUGCAUGCGGCGGGACACGGCCCUGGAGACGGCCCUCAACGCCAAGGCCUACAAGCGCAGCAAGCGGCAGUCCCUGCGCGAGGCGCGCAUCACCGAGAAGCUGGAGAAGCAGCAGAAGAUCGAGCAGGAGCGCAAGCGGCGGCAGAAGCACCAGGAAUACCUCAACAGCAUCCUUCAGCACGCCAAGGAUUUCAAGGAGUACCACAGAUCGGUCACCGGCAAAAUCCAGAAGCUGACCAAGGCGGUGGCCACGUACCACGCCAACACAGAGCGGGAGCAGAAGAAAGAGAACGAGAGGAUCGAGAAGGAGAGGAUGCGGAGGCUCAUGGCCGAGGACGAGGAGGGGUACCGCAAGCUCAUCGACCAGAAGAAGGACAAGCGCCUGGCCUACCUCCUGCAGCAGACGGACGAGUACGUGGCCAACCUCACGGAGCUGGUGCGGCAGCACAAGGCCGCCCAGGUCGCCAAGGAGAAGAAGAAGAAGAAGAAGAAGAAGAAGGCAGAAAAUGCAGAGGGCCAGACGCCUGCGAUCGGACCGGACGGCGAGCCUCUGGAUGAGACCAGCCAGAUGAGUGACCUCCCAGUGAAAGUCAUCCACGUGGAGAGCGGGAAGAUCCUGACGGGCACCGAUGCCCCCAAAGCCGGGCAGCUGGAGGCCUGGCUCGAGAUGAACCCAGGGUCACAAGCUUCGUAUGGCAAGACGAAGCAAGACAAAAAGAGCAUCCUUUCUCUCUCUGAUGAGCUGAGGCCGCACGGUCUGUCCCCUUUGCAGGAGGAGGAGGAGGAGCAGCCGCAGCCAGCCCAGCCCCCCACCAUGCCCGUGGAGGAGAAGAAGAAGAUUCCAGAUCCAGACAGCGACGACGUCUCCGAGGUGGAUGCGCGGCACAUCAUUGAGAACGCCAAGCAAGAUGUGGAUGACGAGUACGGCGUGUCGCAGGCCCUCGCCCGGGGCCUGCAGUCCUACUAUGCCGUGGCCCACGCUGUCACCGAGCGCGUGGACAAGCAGUCGGCGCUCAUGGUCAACGGCGUCCUGAAGCAGUACCAGAUCAAAGGCCUGGAGUGGCUGGUGUCGCUGUACAACAACAACCUGAAUGGCAUCCUGGCCGACGAGAUGGGCCUGGGCAAGACCAUCCAGACCAUCGCGCUCAUCACGUACCUCAUGGAGCACAAGCGCAUCAACGGCCCCUUCCUCAUCAUCGUGCCGCUCUCGACGCUGUCCAACUGGGCGUACGAGUUCGACAAGUGGGCCCCCUCCGUGGUGAAGGUGUCCUACAAGGGCUCGCCAGCGGCCAGACGGGCGUUCGUGCCGCAGCUCCGGAGCGGGAAGUUCAACGUGCUGCUCACCACCUACGAGUACAUCAUCAAGGACAAGCACAUCCUCGCCAAGAUCCGCUGGAAGUACAUGAUCGUGGACGAGGGCCACCGCAUGAAGAACCACCACUGCAAGCUGACACAGGUGCUCAACACGCACUACGUGGCCCCGCGCCGCCUGCUGCUCACCGGCACGCCGCUGCAGAACAAGCUGCCCGAGCUCUGGGCGCUGCUCAACUUCCUGCUGCCCACCAUCUUCAAGAGCUGCAGCACCUUCGAGCAGUGGUUCAACGCGCCCUUCGCCAUGACCGGGGAGAAGGUGGAUCUGAACGAGGAGGAGACCAUCCUCAUCAUCCGCCGCCUCCACAAGGUGCUCCGGCCCUUCCUGCUGCGCCGCCUCAAGAAGGAGGUCGAGGCCCAGCUGCCCGAGAAGGUGGAGUACGUCAUCAAGUGCGACAUGUCCGCGCUGCAGCGCGUGCUCUACCGCCACAUGCAGGCCAAGGGCGUGCUGCUGACCGACGGCUCGGAGAAGGACAAGAAGGGCAAAGGCGGCACCAAGACGCUGAUGAACACCAUCAUGCAGCUGCGGAAGAUCUGCAACCACCCGUACAUGUUCCAGCACAUCGAGGAGUCCUUCUCGGAGCACUUGGGGUUCACCGGCGGCAUCGUCCAGGGCCUGGACCUGUACCGCGCCUCGGGGAAGUUCGAGCUGCUCGACAGGAUCCUCCCCAAGCUGCGAGCCACCAACCACAAGGUGCUGCUCUUCUGCCAGAUGACCUCGCUCAUGACCAUCAUGGAAGAUUACUUCGCAUAUCGCGGCUUUAAAUACCUCAGGCUCGACGGAACCACGAAGGCGGAGGACCGGGGCAUGCUGCUGAAAACCUUCAACGAGCCCGGCUCCGAGUACUUCAUCUUCCUGCUCAGCACCCGGGCCGGCGGGCUCGGCCUGAACCUGCAGUCGGCCGACACUGUGAUCAUCUUCGACAGCGACUGGAACCCGCACCAGGAAGAAGACGAGGUGCCCGACGACGAGACGGUCAACCAGAUGAUCGCGCGGCACGAGGAGGAGUUCGACCUCUUCAUGCGCAUGGACCUGGACCGCAGGCGCGAGGAGGCCCGCAACCCCAAGCGGAAGCCGCGCCUGAUGGAGGAGGACGAGCUGCCGUCCUGGAUCAUCAAGGACGACGCCGAGGUGGAGCGGCUGACCUGCGAGGAGGAGGAGGAGAAGAUGUUCGGCCGCGGCUCCCGCCACCGCAAGGAGGUGGACUACAGCGACUCGCUGACCGAGAAGCAGUGGCUCAAGGCCAUCGAGGAGGGCACGCUGGAGGAGAUCGAAGAGGAGGUCCGGCAGAAGAAAUCGUCGCGGAAGCGCAAGCGGGACAGCGACGCCGGCUCCUCCACCCCGACCACCAGCACGCGCAGCCGCGACAAGGACGACGAGAGCAAGAAGCAGAAGAAGCGCGGGCGCCCGCCGGCCGAGAAGCUGUCCCCGAACCCGCCCAACCUCACCAAGAAGAUGAAGAAGAUCGUGGACGCCGUCAUCAAGUACAAGGACAGCAGUGGACGGCAGCUCAGCGAGGUCUUCAUCCAGCUGCCGUCGCGCAAGGAGCUGCCCGAGUACUAUGAGCUUAUCCGCAAGCCCGUGGACUUCAAGAAGAUCAAGGAGCGCAUCCGCAACCAUAAGUACCGCAGCCUCAACGACCUGGAGAAGGACGUCAUGCUCUUAUGCCAGAACGCCCAGACCUUCAACCUGGAGGGCUCCCUGAUCUACGAAGACUCCAUCGUCCUGCAGUCCGUCUUCACCAGCGUGAGGCAGAAAAUCGAGAAGGAGGACGACAGCGAGGGCGAGGAGAGCGAGGAGGAGGAGGAGGGCGAGGAGGAGGGCUCCGAGUCUGAGUCCCGCUCCGUCAAGGUGAAGAUCAAGCUUGGCCGGAAGGAGAAGGCCCAGGACCGGCUGAAGGGGGGCCGGCGGCGGCCGAGCCGGGGGUCCCGGGCCAAGCCCGUCGUGAGCGACGACGACAGCGAGGAGGAGCAGGAGGAGGACCGCUCAGGAAGUGGCAGCGAGGAGGACUGAGCCCCGACAUUCCGGCGCCUCGCCCCCGAGCCCCGCGUGCGCCCCCCCGCCGUAGCCCUUAGAGUACCGGGUAGACAGACGUAGUAGUUCCGGACUUGGGGUAGAACUGUACACGGGGUCUCCCAUAUUUAUGCGGCAGGAGACGUAGGGCUGCGUGUCUGGCCUGCCCGGCAGCCUGCCCGGCGGCGGCGUCCGGACCAGCAUUUCGGUGCAGGAGGAAGGGUGGGACCCGGCGCCCGCCGCCCUGGCCGCCCGGGCGCCUCGGGCG